AUGGCUUCCUCGGUGGCCCACGACCCUCUCCCUUCUCCCCCUCCAGCCUACCUCCGAGAAACGCCUCCAUUCACGACGCAAGAAUCAAUACCCCGAACUACCCCGGAUUUGUCGCAAGGCUUCUCUUUCGCUGGGGCGGCAGUCAGGUCCAUGACCCCCGACCAUGACAUUUUGCCGCCAAUCCAACAUUCCCCUCGCGCCUCAGUCCGAAUUGAUACCGGUGCAGACAUACCACCGGCUUCCACGGUGAAGAUCGAGACCUUGUCCAAUGGCCCUCCAACUCCCCAGCUGGAGCUUUCAAACUUGUCUAUUGAUGAUCUCGAGUUUCCUCGGCACACAUGGAACCCAUUAUACCAGAACCGUAAAGAUUCAUCGCAAGCUGACGCUUACCAAGCACAUACUUAUGGCCAUACCCCAGGUAGUAGUGGCUCAUGGUCAAUAGUCGAUUCGCAAUUGAAGAGUGAGGCUCAAGAAAAAAGCCACCAUCCAAUCGAUCACAAUGGGAACAGUCGCCCUAGCUCCCCAGGGAGCCUAGAAAGCACAGAUCUGGUGUCCGAGGGAUAUGAACCUCUCCCGUACCAUCAUCAGCAGCUGGAGCAAGCCGCGCAAACCCCAAAACCAAUACUUGGGGCGGGCUUGGUUGACCACCCGGCAGGGUCCACAGGGAACUUGCUCGCGCGGAAUAGGAUGUCGCAACGACCGCUGUCAACGUACUCAUCCGGAUCUGAUCGCGGACCUGGGCAUCGUCGCAAUCUCUCUGCUUCACCAUACCUACACGCUCGAUCCUCGUCUCGAAACUCCGCGGCUUCGGCGGACAAUCGGUCAGCCUCCGCUUUGGACCUCCUCAAUACCUCAUAUCCUCAGCCUGGGCCCACGGUUGGUCAAAUGGACAAUUCGCACCUACAGGCUUCGGUAGGCAAUAAUGCGUCUCUUCUCAGCCAUAAGCAGACAUUUGAGAUGUACCUUGCCAAUGUGAAGAAGACGGAUGAACCGGCUGUCCUGUACGAGUUUGCCGUUUUCAUGAUCAACUCAAUGCGUGAAAUGCCAAUGGGCGACCUAAAGGACGACAACAAAAUCAGCCGUGUCAGACUCCUUCAGGAAUCGAAGUCCAUCCUUCAACGGCUUGCAGAUCGCAGCUAUCCUUUCGCCCAGUACUAUCUUGCAGAUGGAUACGCAUCGGGGCUGUUCAACAAGGAUAAAGAAGACCACGAACGCGCGUUUCAUCUGUUUAAAGCGGCUAGCAAACACGGGCAUAUCGAAGCUUGCUAUCGCACAGCGCUGUGCUACGAGUUCGGUUGGGGCUGUCGGGCUGACGGUGGGCGAGCAGUACAGUUUUACCGACAGGCCGCAUCCAAGAACCAUCCUGGCGCAAUGCUCCGCAUGGCAAAGGCAUGCUUAGCCGGUGAUAUGGGCCUGGGAAAGCGGUACAGGGAAGGAAUCAAGUGGCUGAAGCGUGCAGCGGAGACAUCCGAUGCCCAAUAUAACUCUGCGCCCUACGAGCUCGGUAUUCUUCACGAAACAGGUUACGGUGAUGAUGUUUUCCCAGAUGCUUCUUAUGCGGCACAACUCAUUACCAAGUCUGCAGAGCUGGGACACGUCGAGGCUUGCUACCGAAUGGGCGAUGCAUAUGAGCAUGGCAAACUGAACUGUCCUCGCGACCCGGCUUUGAGCAUCCAUUUCUAUACUUCGGCUGCGCAGAACGGCCAUGCGCUCGCGAUGAUGGCUCUUUGUGCGUGGUAUUUAGUAGGCGCUGAGCCAAUUCUAGAGAGGGACGAGGAUGAAGCUUACGAAUGGGCUGUUCGAGCUGCCAAUCUCGGUACGAACCCAGGCCCAUUUACCAUUCACAUGUACGAUCCACUAAUGUCGAUUCUAGGGCUCGCGAAAGCUCAGUAUGCAGCUGGUUACUUUACCGAAACUGGCAUUGGCUGCCGACGAGACGUCCUGGCAGCAAACGUGUGGUAUGUAAAAGCCGCUGACCAGGGCGACGCACGCGCGAAACAUCGCCUUGCGGUGAUUCGCGCUGCCGCCGAUGGCGUGCCUCAGGUAGCAGAAAAACGUACCGGCCGUCUUUCCAAGUCUGCCAAAAAUGAUGGUAUUAUCUGCAUAUCCCAAUGGUCCGAGGGAGAUUCUGACUCGUAUACAGAUCCUGAGAAGAGCAAGAAAAAGCGCUUCGUCAUUAUGUGA